CCCAUCAUGGCUGAUCUCGAUUUCCAAACUGGGGACUCUGGGGCCUCCACAACAUUCCCAAUGCAGUGCUCUGCAUUGAGGAAGAACGGGCAUGUCUUGCUGAAAGGACGUCCCUGCAAGAUCGUCGAAAUGACUACCUCCAAGACUGGCAAGCACGGACAUGCGAAGGUUCACCUUACUGGACUUGACAUCUUUACCCAGAAGAAGUAUGAAGAUAUCUGCCCGUCUACUCAUAACAUGGAUGUCCCAAAUGUAACAAGGAAAGAAUAUGAGGUAAUUGGCCUCACAGAUGGUUACUUGUCCCUGAUGGAUGACAAUGGAGGAACCAGAGAGGACCUUAAGGUGCCAGAUGGUGACAUGGGAAAAGAAAUUGAGACCAAGUACAAAAAUGGAGAUAAUUUUAUGGUCUCUGUGACGAAAGCAUUAAAUGAAGAGCAAGUAACUGGCAUCAAGUCUUCUUCUUAAAUAUGUUUGAGACAACUAUGGAGACCUCACACUCUUCUCCAUUAUGGCUUUGAAGCCUCACCAAAGCUACUGGCCUUCACCACACAUUUCCACCAGUUUCUCUGCUGGUCAGCUGAAAUCCGGAAACUGAACUGGGUCAGCUUCUUCAACUGUACCUUGGGCUCAGGGCAGACUGGCAUUCUCUUCAAUCAAUGAAGUUCUUCACCCUUCACAGCUUAACUUUGCAAUGGGUACUGAUAUUAUUCCAAGAAUUCCUAAUAACAAUAUUCCAGCAAGUCAUAACAUUCUUUUUAGAGUAUAGGUGAAUGUGCUUUUAUCUUGUAUUACUUGUUUUGUAGAAUCAUUCCUGUCCCCUUCCUCUUCUAUUGUUUGUUAUUGCUUUUAUCUCUUGAUGAAAAUAUGAAGCUUUUGAUUUGGAUGUGAAAGGCUUGUUUACCAUUGAGAUGCUGCACCUUGCCUUCAACUUAAAAUUUCCCCUAAAUGAUUUAAUCUCCACUGGCUGACUGAACACCAAGUAUGCUCUCUACUUGAUACACUGUUCAGAGAACUUAAACACUUCAUUGGUCGCCAGAAUAUGCCUUUCUGCUUUUGACAAUUAAAACAUAUGCAUUUACACGCACUUAUAAUUGACAGUUGACUUGUAUACACAUGCCUUAGCAGCUAUGAGUUUAUGUAAACAGCAACAUUUUAUUUAAUCUGCAUUCCAACUAUCAUGGCAGGAUUUCUACUGCAUCUAGCCAGGUGUCAAUAAGAUCGGCCUUGUGUAGCGGGAAACUGCUGUCUCAGCCAUUCUGAAGCAGAACAGGCCUGGACAAAGGGUAGUUGGGUGGGGCCAUUUUCUCUCCUAUGCUAUAAAACUUUCUUUUCACUUGAGGCCUUUAUGAGCUGACAAAUGUAUAGAAAAUGACUUUGAAAGAACAAAACACUGAAAACCUUUUAACAUUAUAGUCUUAAAACAAUUGUAUCUUAAAGCUUAAUUUCAGCAAUACAACUUUGUUCAAAAAUAUAUGUUGCAUCGUCACAAUGCUAAAGAUAAUGACUUAUUGGCAUGCAAUAGUGGAAAUUAAACCCAUUUAAAGUCUUAUCAGAUGUAGCCAAAUGUAGGUGGUAGGUUUGCUGUGGGUUGUCAAAGUCUUGUCAUGAUAGACAUUGGUGCUCAAGAACCGAAUAGAUGAGUGUUACAGAUGAGCUAUAUUUUGUGUUGAGGGUGGCAAACUAGUUAUAGAAGGUAAAUUUGCGGGGUGGUAGGUUUGUUUGCAAUUAAAUGGGAUUUUUAAGUGUUUUGCGACUUUGAACUCUGGAUUGUGGCUCACAGGGGUUUUUAUGAAAUUAUGCUGAAUGGUUAUUUGCUAUGUUUACAUCCACACAAAAAACUGUUAUUGGGAGACAUCUGGUAAUUGCAGGAAAUUAGAAUGCGUUUACAUGUAUUACAUUAAUGUGGUUGCUGUAGAGUCUGCAUGUAAAUGCAGAUAUUCAGUUUCCUCCCCUACCUCCUACCAUAAAAUUGAAACUGAAACUAUUGACGUGUAUUUUCAAUAUAUUUCAAGCACUGCAGCCUGAGGUUUUUUUUUUUUUUGUUGUUUUAUUUUAUUUUUUUCUAUUUUUUUUUGUAUUCCUUGUUUGUUUUUUUUCUGAUCCGAGCAGUUGGACUGAUCAUGCAGUGAGGAGGACAGACUAGUGAAGUAGCCAUCUUUUUUCAAGAGUGCAUGUGUUAAUGUUACAAAAAACCUGCUGUUUAACUGUGGAGAUUACUUUUUUUUUUAUUUUUUUUUUUUUAAGUCUGACUUUGACUUUGGAUUUUGGCUACAAGGAUGCACUACUGUGAGUUGUGAUCAUUUCACCUUCUGCAGUGUUGUCAUAGCAAUACUUUUCUAAUUUCAAGUUUUGGUCAUGAACCUGUGCUCUUGUAAAAACCCUGUUGCAUACUCAGUUAAGCGUAUGCAUGGUCAAGAAAUAGCAGAAAUCCCUCAAUCACUUACACCAGGGGAAGGAAAGGGUUUAUAUGUUGUUUAUGACAUCAGAUUACUGCCAAAUGUUGACAAUAAUCAGGUUACUUAAAUGCAUGUAAACAUGCUGAUUGUAAUAUGGACAUAGGAAGGUAUUCUGUCCAGCUUCAAGUUGUCUUUUGUACAGCUGCAGUUGGUCUGUUUCUGUUCUGAUUUCAGUCCACCUAAAGUAUUUUUUACUUUCGUCGAAACACCAAAGUAAUCCACUGAAUGUAGUAUUGUGUAUUAAGUUCGCCACUUUUUUUUUUUUUUUUUUUACUUUUUAUCAUUCCGUUCUUGUUCAGUUUGUGGUGACGUUAGGAGCUCUGGUAUUUUGCAACAGUGGCUUCCAUCUCUGGCUUCUUCCCCCUAGCCAUUUAGAUGUUCACAUAUGGUACAAAACAGCACAACAAGGGCCAAAGGUGAAAGCCACAUGACUGUACUACUACAUGUCACAUUGAGUAUUCAUUUCUUUUAAGCAGGAAGCAAAAGCAUUUGAUUUGCAUAUAAAGGUGCAGAAGGCAGUGGUAUAGUAGAAACAUUGUGGGAUAAGUGACAUUCUGUGUAAAAUAGGGGCACAUGCAAGACAAGUCCCUGCUUGCCAUAAGCACAUAAAUCCUGUAACAACUUCAGCAUGCUGCCCUUCAGCCUCAAUUUAUCAUUCUUUGGAGUGAUGAUCCCAAAGACUGUGUGUAAACUUAACCUGUUGUAUGCAAAUUGCAGGAAUCCAUGCUUUUGGGCUAAUCAACAAAGCUGUACAAGUUAAACUAGUUUUACCAGUGAGCCAGAACACACAGUGCAAUUGUGCUCUGUCCUUUAUUUUGACUGCAAAAAUGUCCAUGGUGAAAGCCAGACUUUGUUUCAAGUAUAUGGUUUUCCUUAAAAGCUUUCCAAAAGCAUCCAAAUGCCAGUAUUCGAUCAGUUGUGCAGUUUGAAUAGUUAUGAUAUGAGGUUUCUCCUUCAGUCUCCACAGCCCUAACCGAAGACUAGUCUUUCUUAAGCCAUAUUUGUGUCCUGUUGCAUGUGUCCACAACCAAUGUCAGACGCAUGAAAAUUGACUCCUUACUUCCCCUCAGUUCCCUCCAAUUAUUAAGCUGCUCUGGCUUCUGAUAUGAAGUUCUAAUUACUACCACGCAUCUUGUCAAAGAUCCUCAACCUUUUGAGAGAGGGAUUAUGGGACUGACCUCUGAUUCUGUUUGAGAAAAUGUUUACACUAUAAGGGGGUCCUGUCCUUGUUGGUUCUUCAUGCUGAUCUAGCAUCAGAAACUGUUGGGGAUACAUCUGCAAAAUGACUGAGGUCUGUGUCAUGAGGGCAGACUUUCUCAGGGCUCCAAAGAGAGUGUUAGGAGAUGUAUUACUUUAAAGGUGUCAGCAGUGAGGAUAAUAAAUGAGAUCAUAAUUGUUUUUAAUGUUCAUUCAUCUGUCUCACAAGUCUAUAUUAUUCUGAUGUUGAAGAAUGUUACAUUUCCUAUUUCUCUUUGGUGCCUCUCAUCAAAGAAAUCUAGCUUCACAUUUUCUCUUUCUCUCAGUAUUCUACUUACUCUACUUCAUUUUUCUUGCAAGAAACAGUUUAUUUGUAUGUUUAGACCACAGGUACAGUGUUUUAUGUUCAAACAGGGAAUGGGUGAAUUACUCAGUCUUGUGUGCUGUAUGUUCCUGUUGUAUGCUGGGGAAUGCGGUUUAAGGUAUUUCCCCAGCUUGGCACAGGUCUCUUUCUCCCUUUAAUGUCUGAUCUUAACAAUCAAGGGAAAUCUGACCUUGAGGAACAACAUAAAGAUACAUGGGCUCCUCUCUUCUGUAUUCUUACUAAUGUAUGGCUGCUGUCUUAAAAAUCACAACAUUGUUUGUUUUUAUUAGGCAAAAUAAAGUUCAUUCAGAUGUUACCAGCUGUAA